AUGGGAAUGCCGGUGAUGACUGAUGAGGAACAAAGGUUCCUUGAGAAGUCUGUCCUUCCGCUGGAUGCUGCACCCAUCCAUGUGAAGACUACUGGAGGAGGUCCUCGGACCAGUGUGCUGCGCAAUCCGAACAUGGAGAAGCUUCAGAAGGGCUACCUGUUCCCGGAGAUUAGCAUUAAGCAUGAAGCUCACCUGAAGAAGUACCCUGAUGCCAAGGUCAUCAGCUUGGGCAUCGGCGACACAACUGAACCCAUUCCAAGCGUCAUAACAUCAGCUAUGGCCGAGUAUGUACUUGCGUUAUCCACUCCAGAAGGAUACCAGGGUUAUGGACCGGAGCAGGGCCAAAUGAAUCUGCGGAAGGUCAUAGCUGAAAAAGUGUACCCAGCCAUGGGGAUUAAAGAGUCCGAGGUGUUCAUCUCGGACGGAGCGCAGUGUGACAUUGCUCGCCUCCAGACACUGUUCGGGCCCAACGUGACCAUAGCCGUCCAAGAUCCCACCUUCCCGGGCUACGUGGACAACGGCGUGAUCGUGGGGCAGACCGGCAGCGCGGACGAGGCCGGCAAGUACGCCGGCAUCGCGUACAUGCGUUGCGCGCCGGAGAACCACUUCUUCCCGGACCUCUCCCGCGUGCCGCACACCGACGUCAUCUUCUUCUGCUCGCCCAACAACCCGACGGGGCACGCGGCGUCGGCGGCGCAGCUGCGCGAGCUGGUGGACUUCGCGCGCCGCAACGGCUCCAUCAUCGUGUUCGACACGGCGUACGCGUGGUACGUGUCGGAGGCCGGGGACGGGGAGGGCAAGAAGCCGCGGUCCAUCUACGAGGUGCCCGGCGCCCGGGAGGUGGCCAUCGAGAUCUCCUCCUUCUCCAAGUUCGCCGGUUUCACGGGCGUCCGCCUCGGCUGGGCGGUGGUGCCCGACGAGCUGCGCUACGCCGACGGUUCCCCCGUCGCGCGCGACUUCGACCGCAUCGUCUGCACCUGCUUCAACGGCGCGUCCAGCGUCGCGCAGGCCGGCGGACUCGCCUGCCUCUCCACGGAGGAAGGCCGGGACGCCGUGCGCCGCGUGGUGGGCGUCUACAAGGACAACGCGCGGGUGCUGGUGGACACCUUCGCGUCGCUCGGCAAGGAGGUGUACGGCGGCACCGACUCGCCCUACGUCUGGGUGCGCUUCCCGGGCCGCCGCUCCUGGGACGUGUUCGCCGAGAUCCUCGAAAAGACGCACGUCAUCACCGUGCCGGGCAGCGGGUUCGGCCCCGGCGGCGAGGGCUUCAUCCGUGUCAGCGCGUUCAACAGCAGGGACAGGGUGCUGGAAGCUGCAGCUAGGCUCAAGAAGUUCCUGGCCUGA